CAGCCUGAUAAAGAACUGAAGGAAGAAAGCAGCUCUGCCUCUUUCCACAGGUAUCUGAAAGUUGAUUUAGGUAUCAUGUCAGUUAGCAACUAUAGUGAACACCACCAGAACCAAACAAGAGAAAUUAUCAAGAAAAUACUGGAGAGAACUUUAUGUCCACAAAGGAUUUGGGGGGUGCAAGAGGACUGUAAUCUGUGCCUUGAACCAGACACUUUGAUAUUAAUGGCUGGAGGAGAUUUAGUAGGCUAUUUUAGUGAAGAUGUCUUCCAAAAAAUUCUUCUUUAUUAUAUUACUCAUCAAAGAGACAUCUGUCCAUCAAUGUUUAGUCAGAGGAGCCAAGAUUAUAAAUUUUACCUAACUAGUAUGGUCAAUUGAAGAAGCAAUGAAGUUUUCUCUUGUAAUGAAACUGAAGAUGUAGUGGAAGCAAUAAGGAAACAUUUAAAAAUAUCUGAAUACCAGUGUGUACACAUAAGUGUCCUGGAAAGGGAAGCUGCUGUCCUGGACAGCAGUGGUGCUGAUGAAAGUACCAUUCCCUGGCUGGGCGCUGCCAUUCUCAGGUUGGCCCUGCAUGGAAUCUGCCUGACUAAAACACGUUUACCUUCACCAUAAUUCUUUAUGCAAUAUGGUCUCCAUUCUUCAAACAGUAUUAAUGAACUCCAUAUAACAGUCUCUGCAAAUGAGCUUGUGGAUAUAUUUUUUCAUUGCGGUCUUACAUCAGUUUCUAAGGAACAUUUCACAUUAAUGAGCCCAGCAAUCAUUCAACAGUUACUAUGCUGUUCUUGCAAGCUUAUGGAAUUCAAACAAACAAAAUCUCUAGCGACACCUCUUGAAAAAUAUGACUAUAGCACUCUUGCAGUUAUGACAAUUGGAUCUAUGUUUAGCACAACUCUCAUUCUAUUUAAUUCCUGUCAAGAAUGUUACACCCUCAUUUUACAGCUAUUUGUGGGGUUAGCUGUAGGAACUCUUUCUGGAGAUCUUAAGAAACUGAUUACAAGCAGUAGCCAUCUAUAUACAGGGUACGUCUAUAAGCACUUAUUUUACUAUUAUAAGCAGCUACCCAUAGUAAGAGAUUUUGCAGUACUGUUAAGUACAGGUCUUUCUUCAAAGAUUGCCAUUUUAAUGAACUUCUUAAGUGCUCUAACUGCUUUCAUAGGACUUUACAUUGGCCUUUCAAUAUCAAAAGAUCCUUGCAUUAAUUACUACACCACACUGACUUUCUAUAUUAAUAUAUUUGGCUCUCUUACUGCUGCCUCAUUCUUUUUUUAGCUUCCUGAAAUGACUCACAUCCAGACACAGAGGCCCUGGUUGAUGUUUCUGCUACAGAACCUUGGAUUACUAUUAGGCUGGUUCUCCCUCUUGCUUCUUACUAUAUUCUUUCUAACCUUCUCACCUUGUACAUGGGCAGGACUCUUGUAG